CCACUGCUCUUUCUUUUAAUUGAAAUAAAUGUCUCUUCAGUUCUAUUCAUGUUUCUUUCUUCAUAAUAUCGAUUAGACUUCGGUUUCUCUAUAUAUAUGAGUGAGUGGGGCAGCACUAACCAUGAGCUUUGUAUUCGAUGAAAAUAUGGCAGGUUUCUAGUUCUUUCUUGUGAAUCGUGGGUGAUCCAGAUGCUCAUGGUUAUUUUUGCUUUGAUCUUGGAACUGUAAUCGCGACUUGGUUAUUCAUCAUAUUUUGGCACUGGUCAUAUAAUGGCGAAAGAUAGAGGUGAUAGUUUAAGCCAAUUGUCUGGGGGUCUGGGUAGUUUUUUGAGAAAGUGCCUUUUUAGUAUUCUUUCAGUGGGUCCACUUCCCAAUCACAUUGCAUUCAUCAUGGAUGGAAACCGAAGGUAUGCAAAGAAGCACAACAUGGCAGAAGGGGCUGGCCACAAGGCUGGCUAUCUGGCUCUCAUGAAGACGCUUUGUUACUGCUAUGAACUGGGGGUGAAAUAUGCAACAGUCUAUGCCUUCAGCAUUGACAAUUUCAAAAGGCGUCCUGAAGAGGUUCAAUCCUUGAUGAAUCUAAUGCUAGAAAAGAUUGAAGAAUUGUUAAGGGAAGAAAGUAUUGUAGACCAAUAUGGUAUCAGAAUAUACUUUAUAGGUAACCUAAAUCUUUUGAGCGAGCCUGUCAGGGUUGCAGCUGAGAAGGCAAUGGCAGUCACUGCCAUCAAUACCAAGACUGUUCUUCUGAUCUGUGUAGCCUACACUUCUUAUGAUGAAAUCCUGCAUGCUAUUCAAGAAUCCUGCAAGAUUAAAAGGAACGAGAUUGAAGAACGAAAUGUAAGUAAAGUUAGCAAUGGUGUGACUGAAGGUGCUGAAGAGGUUGAUGAAAUACAUGGUGUCAUUAUGCAUAAUGUUCAAGGAUAUUGUGAAAAUAGGUCCAAUAAACUUCAGGUGUUGAACAAAAGUAGAGUUUACGGUAGUGUAACUGGAGACGAAAAGAAAAAUGUAGUUGUUGCGGAUGCUGUUGGGGGAUCCUGCAAAAUGAAAUGGGAUGAAGCUGCAAGUAGAGCUUGCAAUGGUUUGAUCGAAGGAGUUGAAGAGAGCAUGAAGAAUCAAUGGGUGCUACCUCCUAUAAAGCUGUUAGAUGUUGAGAAACACAUGUACAUGUCAGUGGCGCCCGAGCCUGAUAUCCUGAUCCGAACUUCUGGGGAGACCCGCCUCAGCAAUUUUCUUCUCUGGCAGACUACUAACUGUCCAUUGUACUCUCCAACUGCACUAUGGCCAGAGUUAGGUUUAUGGCAUCUGGUGUGGGCAGUACUGAACUUCCAGCGGAGCUACCAAUAUUUCGAGAAGAAAAAGAAGCAGUUAUAACAUUCUUAAGGCGGCAUAAGCAAGACGUUAUAAAUUAUUUUGUAAUAAUGAAUUACAAUAUAGGGAUCGUUCCCGAAUUCCUCUGGGAGGUUUGGAAACUUGAGCAAUGGGCUCCACAAGUCUGAUUGUGGUACCUACUUUGGAUUGUUUUAAGCGGCCAAGCUUGCUGGUUUGUACUCAUGUUCUUCCCAUUUUAGAAUUUGAUUGGCUAGUGAAUUUGUAUUGGAAGCACCAAUGGCUCUUAAGCAUCAGUCUCUGAUGCUCGGGGCUACUCAAUAUGCUAUCCUAUAAAAGUUAAUAUUUUUCUGAGCACUUGGGAUAUGCCUAUUUCUAUUAAUAAAAUUUUACUUUUAUUUAUCAAA